AAACAAAUGAAAAAGAUCAGAAACUUUUCUCAGAAUCUUUCCGGCGGCAGUAAAAACCAGAGGCGGCAAUCUCCUCGAUAGGCUAUAACAACCAUGUCUCCGCCACCUCCACCGGAGUUAUCCGUCGACGUUCUAUCAACCGUGGAUCUCGACUUCCUAAAUUUCGCCGGACUGUUCAUUCUAGCGGUGACGAUCAUGUACUUCAUUUACACCUAUUACGAACAUAAAUACUGGAAUCGAAGCCGAGAUAUCGAAGGGGGAAGGUCGGCGGCUACGGCGUCGGUAGGAUCUUCUGGAGAGGAUCGACGAUGGGCGACGGCGGUGAUUUCGACCAGGCUGUUUCAGUACGGAGAGCGAGGAAUGGAAGGGAAAAAUGCGGAUUGUUCGAUUUGCUUAGAUGAAUUCGUAGAAGGUGAGAUUUGUCGAAUGCUUCCAAAAUGCAAACACGUUUUUCAUCGAUUUUGCAUCGAUCAAUGGCUUCCUAAUGAACGCCAUUGUCCUCUCUGUCGUUCCCCUGUUCAUGUUCGUUUCAUUUUUGCUCAUCGGUCUUGAAACAUUCUUUUAUUUAUUUGCGAUUUAGAUUUUUUCUUUUUUUGUUCGUAAUUGUGUAUAAUUUUUAUUUGUUCAUUGUUCAUCAUU